GUUGGUGUCAUUCAAGGAUAUGGCUGUGGAUUUUACUCAGGAAGAGUGGCAGCAAUUGGACCCUGUUCAGAGGACCUUGUACAGGGAUGUAAUGCUGGAGAUAUAUAGUCACAUGGUCUCAAUGGGGUAUCCUGUUUCCAAACCAGAUGUCAUUUCCAAAUUGGAACAAGGAGAAGAUCCAUGGAUCAUAGACACAGGCAUGCCAAACUGGAUCUACCCAGGUGCAGAUCACGCAGCUCCUCUGUUUACUCACUGUCAUGGGCCAGCAGCUCUCCAAGACUCCUAAUGAUGAAGAACACCAGGAUUUUUUCUCAAGUUUUGAAUAUUUUAAGAACUUACAUAUGAAAAACAAAUUCAUCCCUCAAGAAACCAUCACUGCAAUCGAGUUACACUUGAAAAAAGGAGACAUUCGGGCAACAAAUGCUGUGAUCACUACUGCAUUAAAAGAAAUCAAUAGUACACAACUCAACAUUGCUGUGACAGGGGAAUCUGGAGCAGGAAAGUCCAGCUUGAUCAAUGCACUUAGAGAGGUUAAGCAUGACUCCAAAGAUGCAGCUCCCACUGGGAUAACUGAAACAACCAUGAAGAGACAGCCAUACACUCAUCCAAAGAUUCCCAAUGUCACGUUGUGGGACUUACCUGGCGUAGGAACCACCAAUUUCAAACAAAAAGAUUAUCUUCAGGAAGUACAGUUUGCUGAAUAUGACUUUUUUAUUAUUGCUUCUGCUACACACUUCAAGGAAAGUGAAAUAGAACUGGCCAAAGUGAUCAGACUUAUGAAAAAAAAUUUGUAUUUUGUGAGAACCAAGGUGGACCUUCACAUAACAAAUGAAAAGAGAAGUAAACCAUCCACAUUUAAUAAAGAGGCAGUCUUGCAGGAAAUCCGAAACAACUGUCUGGACAACUUGAAGAAGAAUGGCAUGAUCGAACCACAAGUCUUCUUGAUCUCUAACAAAGAUUUAUCUAAGUAUGAUUUCCCAAUCCUAAUAAAUGCCCUAAUAAAGGACAUCCCUGUUCAAAAGCAGCAUGCUUUUAUGCUCUCCUUGCCUAGUAUUACUGAGGCAGCCAUUGAAAAAAAGCGAGAGUCUCAAAAGAAGUACAUCUGGCUAGAAGCCUUGGUGGGUGGACUAUUGGCUACCCUUCCUGCAGUGGGCAUGAUGAGUGCCGAAGACAUGAAGAAGCUGAAAGCAAGUUUAAACCACUUUCAAGUCCUGUUUGGAGUGGAUGAUUCAUCACUGAAGAGUUUGGCUAAGGAUUUGCAAGUGCCGAUGGAAAAACUCAAGGCAAUGAUGAAAUCUCCAAAUUUGUUGGAAAAGGAUAAUGAAAAAAACCUAAUGGAAAAACUUUUGGAAUAUGUGGAGAAAUUCUGUUCAGUUAAUGGAGGUCUGCUUGCUACAGGAUUUUACUUUAGUAAAAUUUCUUACUUGAAACUGCAUUUCCUUGACACAGUGGCUGAAGAUGCUAAAAUCAUCCUUAAAGAAGCAAUCACAUGCAGUGCCACGGGUUUAGCUCAGCAGCAUUAAGGCUUGCCUUGCAAGCACGCAGUCAUGAGUUUGAUUCCCGGUACAAAAAAAUAAAGAAUCAUAUUCAAAAUUCAAACUUACCCCACCCUAAAGCUGCUGAUUGUAAUAAAACCUAAUGUUCAACACCAGAGUCAUAGGUAAAUUCCCCAUUCUAAUAUAUUUUCUUUAGAAGUCCUUGCACCUUAAUUAUGGAAAAAUGCUAUCUCAGGGAGUUAAGUCUGAUAAAAAUUAGUAUACAGUCAGACAGAGACUAGAUUCUCAAAGAAAGUCAGUGAAAAAUAAAGACAUCAGAAUUGUGACUGGAGGUGCAUCUGAAACAGGCUAGGCCUCUAAUGACCAGUUGUAUAUAUCUCCCUAAGAGAUAGACAUUAUAUUGACUUAUAUCCUGUACUUAUUAUACCACUCAGUCUAGUAAUUCCAGAUAGGAAUCAGUUGUCCAGGUGGGUGACCAGAAUAUAUGGCCCCAUUCUGUCCUCAAAAUGUCUUUGUUCUUUCCAUGCACUCUUGCUUCAUGACUCAUUUCAUUACUGGAUCAAUACUAGCUAAGCAGCUAUAUCUGUAAUCCUAUAAUUGAUUAUAGUUUGACCCACAUUGUACCUACACUAUGACUUUGUAGUAAAACUACCCCUGACAGAGGGCGUCAGUGGCUACCAUAUUUGUGACCCUUCUUGGAAAUUCAGUUCUUCUUUCCUCAUUUCCAAUAAAAUUCUCCUAACUUA